AUGACUGAAUUCCUGGUUUGUUUUAACUGGUGCAAUGGUGAACAGCCCCAGCCGAAGAGGCGUCGGAGACUGGACCGGAAUAUGAUAGGAGAACCAAUGAACUUUGUACACACUGCGCAUGUUGGGGCAGGAGAGAUGAGUAGUGACUACACAUCAGCUGUAUCAAUUCAGGACCACAUGAAGUCUAAAGGUGGCUACACAAACGGCACUGCUGCAACUGUUGAGAUAUAG